AUGGCUCCCGCGAACCUUUGGAGGGGAUUGAUUCGGGCGCUAGAGGUCAAGCACCAUGGCGGCGAUGGGUCUCAGAUGUCUUAUACCGAAUCGUUCCUCUCGAACGACGAUCUCGAUCCUGUACCACCCGAGAAGCGCACAUGGGCCGCGUGGAACUUCGUCUCGUUCUGGGUAGCUGACACCUUCAACAUCAACACUUGGAUGAUUGCGUCCUCGAUGAUUCAACUCGGACUUUCCUGGUGGCAGGCCUGGAUAUGUGUGUGGAUAGGUUACGGCAUCAUGGCCCCGUUUCUCGUGCUGAAUGCCCGGCCGGGUGCGAUGUUCCACAUCACAUUCCCGGUGGUGGCUCGUGCUAGCUUUGGCCUCUGGGGUAGCUUGUGGUGUGUCUUCAACCGAGCCGCUAUGGCAUGCGUCUGGUAUGGUGUGCAGGCGAGCAUAGGCGGCAACUGCAUGCUCGUCAUGCUGCGGGCAAUGUGGCCUAGUGUCAACAAUAUCCCCAAUUCAAUGCCCGCGUCCUCGGGGACAAACACGCGGGACUUCAUGUGCUUCUUCCUGUUCUGGCUCAUCUCUCUUCCCGCAAUAUGGCUGCCAAUCCACAAAGUACGGCACCUGUUCACGCUGAAGGCAAUAAUCGUGCCAAUAGCCGGUAUCACCUUUUUCAUAUGGUGCAUCGUCAAAGCCCACGGCGUGGGACCGAUCGUGCACCAGCCUGCACAGAUCCAUGGUUCCGAGCUAGGGUGGGGAAUAGUCGUUAGCGUCAUGUCGUGUAUGUCCAACAUGAUCACUCUUGUGACUAACGCACCUGACUUCGCUUCUCGUUCCACGAAGCCGUCAGAUGCACUCUUACCACAGUUGAUCUCGAUUCCCGUCGGCUACGGCGUUGUCUGUUUCCUUGGUGUCAUUGUCAGUUCAUUCUCACAAGCUAUCUACGGCGAAGCCAUCUGGUCGCCCGUUGAUCUACUUGGCAUGUUUCUGAAUAACAACCCGUCACAUGCGACGCGAUUCGGGGUGUGGUUUAUUGCUGCCGCCUUCAUCAUUGCUCAGCUGGGAACCAAUAUAGCAGCGAACUCUGUCAGCGCCGGCUGUGAUCUCACUGCGCUGUUUCCUCGAUUCAUCAACAUCCGCCGCGGGGGGUACAUCGCUGCUAUUGUUGGCCUAUGUAUGCUCCCAUGGAAUUUAUUGAAAAGUAGCAACAACUUCACAACGUAUCUCUCGGCGUAUUCCGUGUUCCUUAGUUCUAUAGCAGGAGUCAUGCUCGCGGAUUAUUAUCUGGUCCACAAAGGGCACUAUCGCGUCACUGAUCUUUACGAUGCCAAAAAGGAUGGCUGGUACUACUAUACAUACGGCUUCAACCUGAGAGCAUACGCGGGUUACAUCUCCGGCAUCCUGAUCAAUGUAGUUGGUUUCGCGGGAGCAACUGGGCAAUCAGUCCCCUUGGCAGCAACGCACAUCUACGACCUGUCGUUCUUCACUGGAUUGGGCACCGCUGGCCUGGUGUACUGGGUGCUGAACCAGAUCUUCCCAGCACGCGGAGCCGCUAAAAUGUUUGAAGAGGUGGACUUGACCGAAUAUACCACCGAUGAAACAGACGAGGACUUCGAUAGGAAAAGCGAGACGAAAGAUAGUGUCGAUGUUGUAGAGUCUUCGGUUUGA